AAAUAUGGAGCGAGACUCGAGGCGUGACGAGCGACGGAUAGCUUUUACGCGCGACGUGGAGCGUUUUCCAAAACUACAAGAGUUCAUGAGCCUGUUGCGUUAUGAGUGCUGUGGUGCUUGAAUGUCCUGCAGUUAUCAGAGACAGUGAAACAGCCCUGGCUCCAGAUAAAUAGACGUGAACUCAAAGACUUGGAGAGGAGCGAAUGUUUUUCUGUUUUUACGCAUAGAAACCUAAAGUCGGAGUGAAAUCGCACUUGCGCGCAUUUGGAGAGACUUUCUGCGCUCCAAUCCCACGGAGACGCGCGAAACACAGUCACAAUGAGCCACAAAAACAAAGUGGAAGAUGAAGCUGUGGUGGACAGAGGAGCAUCUUACAUCAAAAACGUGUGUGAUGAAGAAGUCGAGGGUCAUCACACAGUCUACAUUGGCGUUCAUGUGCCUAAGAGUUAUCGUCGCAGACGACGACACAGACGACGGUCCAGUCACAAAGAGAGGAAAGAACGUGUGACAGAAAAUACAAGCGACAAAUCGGAUGCUGAGAAUACAGAUGAACCUGCCUCCAGCAUCCUUAAACCGCUCAUCUCUCCUGCAGCCGAGCGAAUCCGCUUUAUUUUGGGGGAGGAUGACAGCGGCCCACCUCCACCUCAGCUCUUCACCGAACUGGACGAACUUCUUGCCGUCGACGGUCAAGAGAUGGAGUGGACGGAAACAGCCAGAUGGAUAAAGUUUGAGGAGAAGGUGGAGAAGGGUGGAGAACGCUGGAGUAAACCUCACGUGGCCACGCUUUCUCUCCACUCACUUUUUCAGCUGAAGAACUGCAUUGAGAAGGGAACCAUCAUGCUGGAUAUGGAGGCUAACUCCCUCCAGCAGAUCGUUGAGAUGAUCACAGAGAAUCAGAUCGAGAGCGGGCAGCUGAAGGCCGAUCUGAAGGAGACGGUCAUUUACACUUUGUUAAGAAAGCAUCGGCACCAGACCAAAAAGUCCAACCUGCGGUCUCUGGCUGAGAUCGGGAAAAGCGUGUCCAGUGCCAGUCGUCUGUUCAGCAAUCCGGAGAACGCGCGCAGUUCUAUCGAUCAAUCUAUGCCUUGCUUUACCACCUUUGAACUCGACGAACAAACUGAGAUGCUGAGAAGGCACAGCACAGGACUUUUCUGUAGCCCAACCACAACCCAUCGUAACCUGACCUCCAACAGCCUGGUUGAUCUCUCAGACAAGCCUGAGAAAGAUCAGUUGAAUAAUAAGUUCAUGAAGAAAAUUCCUCGGGACGCGGAGGCAUCGAAUGUGUUGGUCGGUGAGGUGGAUUUUUUGGACGCCCCAUUCGUGGCAUUCGUGCGUCUUCAGCAGGCCCUCAUGUUAGGAGGUUUCACUGAGGUUCCUGUUCCCACACGAUUCCUGUUUGUUCUUCUGGGACCCAAAGGAAAAGCCAAAUCAUACCAUGAGAUCGGUCGAGCCAUUGCCACGCUUAUGUCUGAUGAGGUGUUUCAUGAUAUAGCGUACAAAGCUAAAGAUCGUGGUGACCUGCUGGCAGGAAUAGAGGAGUUUUUGGAUGAAGUGAUUGUUCUGCCUCCAGGAGAGUGGGACCCGGAUAUCAGAAUCGAACCUCCUAAGUCUGUUCCCUCUGCAGAUAAACGUAAAAACAUCCAGGUGAAUGGAGUUACACCACAUGGCGCAGGAGCCGGGGACGGUGGAGGCCAUGGGGCUGGCGAUGAACUUAAAAUGACUGGCAAGUUCUGUGGCGGUCUAAUUCUGGACGUCAAAAGGAAACUCCCGUUUUUCGCAAGUGACUUCUACGAUGCUCUGAACAUUCAGUCUCUGUCCGCCAUCUUGUUCAUUUAUCUGGGGACCGUAACUAACGCCAUCACUUUUGGGGGACUGCUGGGAGACGCUACAGAAAACAUGCAGGGCGUGUUGGAGAGUUUUGUCGGUACGGCGUUAACUGGUGUCGUCUUCUGUCUGUUAGCGGGUCAACCCCUUACCAUCCUGAGCAGUACUGGGCCCGUUCUCGUUUUUGAACGUCUGCUGUUUAACUUCAGCAAGGAUCAUGAGUUUGACUAUCUGGAGUUUCGUCUGUGGAUCGGCCUGUGGUCGGGGUUCAUGUGUCUUGUCCUGGUGGCCACAGAUGCCAGUUUUCUGGUGCAGUAUUUCACGCGCUUCACAGAGGAAGGAUUUUCUGCUCUCAUCAGCUUCAUCUUCAUCUAUGACGCUAUCAAGAAAAUGCUCAAACUGGCACAUUAUCACCCCAUCAAUUCCGACUACAACAUGGAUCUCGUCACCCAGUACGGAUGUCACUGUAAUCCUCCAGACGGCAACAAUUCGGCUAUCUACAUGGAGAAACUUGAAGCUCUGAUGAACAGCACUGGUCAGGAGCACAUGAAUGCGACGUGGUCAUCGCUGACACGCUCCGAUUGUUUGGAAUUUGGAGGACAGCUGAUUGGUCCAGCCUGUGAUUAUGUCCCCGAUAUCACGCUGAUGUCCUUCAUCCUCUUCUUUGGCACGUACACCUGCUCCAUGGGUUUGAAGAAGUUCAAAACCAGCAGAUUUUUCCCGACAACGGUUCGCAAACUAAUCAGCGAUUUCGCCAUUAUUCUGGCCAUCUUGAUCUUCUGCGGAGUGGACGCCUUGGUCGGUGUGGAUACACCCAAAUUAAUAGUGCCAAGUGAAUUCAAGCCGACAAGUCCACACCGUGGCUGGUUUGUUCCACCGUUUGGAGGAAACCCCUGGUGGGUGUACCUGGCGGCGAGCUUACCUGCUCUCCUGGUCACCAUCCUCAUCUUCAUGGACCAACAGAUCACAGCCGUCAUUGUCAACCGCAAGGAACACAAACUUACGAAGGGGGCUGGGUACCAUCUGGAUCUGUUCUGGGUCUCUAUUCUCAUUAUCGUGUGCUCGUUCAUGGGACUGCCUUGGUACGUGGCGGCCACCGUCAUCUCCAUUGCCCACUUAGACUCCCUAAAGAUGGAAACGGAGACGUCGGCACCUGGUGAACAGCCCAAAUUUUUGGGAGUUAGGGAGCAGAGAGUGACAGGAAUACUUGUGUUUAUUCUGACGGGUCUGUCUGUCUUCAUGGCACCUGUUCUGAAGUUCAUUCCUAUGCCUGUACUGUAUGGUGUGUUUCUCUACAUGGGCGUGGCCUCUCUCAAUGGUGUACAGUUUAUGGAUCGCCUGCAGUUGUUGCUGAUGCCAGCCAAACAUCAGCCAGAUCUGAUCUACCUGAGACACGUACCGCUCAGACGCAUUCAUCUCUUUACCUUCAUACAGGUGCUCUGUUUGGCUCUUCUGUGGAUACUGAAGUCUACAGUAGCAGCCAUCAUAUUUCCUGUUAUGAUUCUUGCGUUGGUGGCGGUCAGGAAGGCCAUGGAUUACUUGUUCUCUCAGCAUGAUCUCGGUUACCUGGAUGAUGUCAUGCCUGAGAAGGAAAAGAAGAAGAAGGAGGACGAUAAAAAGACAAAGAAAAAGAAAGGAUCCAUUGACAGCGAGGCGAACGACUCGGAUUAUCCAGCCAUUGAAAAUGUUCCCAGUAUAAAAAUCUCAAUGGAGAUGAUGGAACAGAAGCCAAUGCUGGGGGAGGAGCCCUCAGCCGGAAGUAAAUCCACGUCCUUCCUCACUCCAUACUGAUGGAAAGCACUUUUCCCCUUCCAUGACCGUGUAGUCAGAAUUUAAACCUAUUUAAGAAGACUGUGCCUCAGAUUAGAAUCGAUCUGAACCCUGACAACAAGAAGUUCUUCUGGAAAUCUCAGACGACGGAAACGUCGCUUUAAACACUCAGAAACGAUAAACUCCUAAGAAAGGCCUUCAGAAGGUUUAGUCUUUCAGAUUCCUGUUAAAACAGGAUUUGAGUUUUCUUCAUAUCUCAACAGAAUACAUUUAAACACUAAAAUCAAUAACUGCACAUGCUCUUUACCAAAGAGUCAAUUUUAUUUAUUGCUUUUACUUCUCCAAGUGUCUUUAUCUUGAUGUUUUUCCUAGCAUUACUGUCAUUAAAACAAAGAUAUUGUCACUUAAGUGUUAGUUUUCGGUUGUGGGUCCAGACAUUUAUGAAUUUAUGUUUUUCAUCUUCUGAUCAAUUAUGAAUACUUUUCAAACUUUUAGAACCACAAUAUUUUAUUAGACAGAUAGCAUAGAUGUCAUAACCACAGAGUUAUGUCGUAAUCACAAAACGAUGUCGUAAUCACGAAACGAUGUCGUAAUCACAGAAUGAUGUCGUAAUCACAGAAUGAUAUCGUAGCCAAAGAAUUAUGUCAUAAUCACAGAUGAUGUCGUAACCACAGAAUGAUGUCAUAAUUACCGAAUGAUGUAGUAACCACAGAAUAAUGUCAUAAUCACAAAAUGAUGUCAGAAUGAUAUCAUAAUCACAGAAUGAUAUCGUAAUCACAGAAUCAUGUCGUAAUCACAGAAUGAUGUCAUAAUCACAGAAUGAUGUAGUAGCCACAGAAUGAUGUCAUAAUUACAGAAUGAUUGAUGUCGUAACCACAAAAUGAUGUCGUAGCCACAGAAUGAUGAUAUAAUUACAAAAUGAUGUCAUUAUCACAGAAUAAUGUCGUAGCCACAGAAAGAUGUCGUCAUCACAAAAUGAUGUCGUAAUCACAGAAUGAUGACUUAAUGACACAAUGAUGUCGUAAUCACACAAUGAUGUCGUAAUCAGUCUUAUGUACAAUCUGAUUGAAUGAUGAAUAUUUGUGGUUUGAGUUUUCUUUUUCUUUUGGCCAAAAUCUGUGCUUCAUGGAAAGAUCAAAUAAUCUGCAUGUAUCAAAGAACAAAUAUCAGCAUCUCACUUCUUUUAUACCUUUCUUGUUUGUGUUUGUGAAUCUCAAAACCGGUACUACAUAUGACUGAACCACAAUGAUGGUCAUAAUUUUUUCCCAGUAAGGGAAAAUGUAGUUCAUAGACUUUACUGAAAUCUUUCCUGCACUUAACAAGACACUUGAGUUUAAAGAUGUAUUUGUUUCCUAUAAUGGGAAACAUUCAAUAUGAAUAUAAUGUUCUAGUUCUACCUCUUAAUUCACUGUAGGUGCCAGGCACUCUGUGUUUGAGUGACACAUUUCUCUAUGCAGUACGUUACAGAUCUUAAAAUCAGUGUGAUGUUGAUUUGAUGGGAUGAAUGAGAUGCUUUGAACAGAUGUGUUGCAAUAUGAUUUCAUGCAUUUACUGUGAUUAAUCAGUAAUCGAUUAUGAUGAUUUUAUUUUCUGGAUUUUUUAGCAGUGAGCUUUUUUAAAGAAGAAUUAAUGUAGAUAAAGACGUCUUUUUUACUGACUUUGACAGGAGUUUAAUUCCUCUUUGUAUGGACUCAAUAUUUAAAGUGGAACAUGGAAGCACAGCAUUGAGCAAACUUCCUUUAUGUAACUGCUAUUAAAGCUUGUAUUCAACACUGCUAUACAAUCAGUCAGCAAAUUAGGUGUAGUAUAUUUUGAAAUAUGCAUGAAAUGAUCAACAAUCAUUAAAACUUGAAUAUAGAAACACAAGUCAGUGUUUGUAAAUAGAUCUUUUAUAGCAAAUUAUCUCGAAUCAAUGAUGUCUUCCACGAGUUGUAUUUCUUUUGAUUGUAUUAAAUUGUCUGUGCGUUUUUAAGGAGAGAAGUGCGAUAUCACCUUCGCAGGUUUUUAUAGAAGUCAUUUCUUUUCGACACAGAUGUUUUUGUUUUCUGUAUUUAUUAUACCCUUCUCUCUUCUGGUGACUCUUAUUGUAUUUGCUCUUAUUAUGAAGGUGAUGCUAAAGGCAAUAAUGAUGAGAUUUGCAGUUAAUCGCUGUUGUGUAAAAGGGAAUCACCUUGUGACUUUGUGACAUGACAGGCAAAUUAAAGCGAUUAUAAAAACGGA